CCUCACCCUGUUGAGUGUCUGGAAACAAUGUGGUUGUCUGCUAAAUGUUUGGAGAAAGGUAGUAAAUACCCAGCUAAAAGAGAUGAGACAGAAUUGCGUCGUUUAGAUACUUUGAAUAUUAGGAACAUUGUUGUUGAAUUUAAUAUCACAUUCAUUGCUGCUGACAAUGGUGAUCCAGAAAAUCAGUCUUUUUGUCUCGGGAUUAGUUAUCCUACUAAUUGUGUGAACUAUUAUGGUCCUCAUUCCAUUGAAUGUCUGAAAACAAUAUGGUUGUCUGUAAAAUGCUUGGAAGAUGGAACUAAAUAUCCAGAAAAAAUAAGUACAGCUGAAGUGGCUCGAAUAGACAAGUUAAAUAUAAGAGAUGUUAUUGUGGAAUUUAACGAUACGUUCAUUUCUGCUGACAAUGGAGAUACAGAUAAUCAAACUUUUUGUCUUGGCAUUGUUUAUCCCAAUGGCUGCACCAAUUAUUAUGGUCAUCAUCCAAUUGAAUGCUUGAAAACAAUAUGGCUAUCGGCUAAAUGUUUGCAAGAAGGAAUUAAGUACCCUGACAAGAGAGAAUCUUCUGAUAUUGCACGGUUGGAUAUUCUUAACAUAAGAGAAGUGAUCUUGGAAUUCAAUAAUACAUUUCUUUCUGCUGAUAAUGGUGAUACAGAUGGUCAGACUUAUUGCCUUGGAAUUGUUUAUCCUUCUCAUUGUGUGAACUAUUAUGGUCCUCAUCCAAUUGAAUGUUUGGAAACUAUAUGGCUAGCUGCUAGAUGUUUGGAGGGAGGUACUAUGUUUCCAGAAAAGAGAGACUCUGCUGAAUUGCUACGUUUGGAUGACUUGAAUAUAAGGGAAGUGAUUUUGGAAUUCAACAAUACAUUUGUAUCCGCUGACAAUGGGGAUGUGGAUAAUCAGACUUUUUGCCUCGGAAUUGUUUAUCCUGAGAACUGUACCAACUAUUAUGGCCCCCACUCUGUUGAAUGCCUAAAAACAAUAUGGUUUUUCGUGCAAUGUUUGGUAGAAGGAUCUAAAUAUCCUGAAAAGAGGAAUGAAGAUGAAUUAAAUCAUUUGGAUACUUUGACUAUUAGGGGUGUAAUAGUGGAAUUCAACAAUACUUAUAUAACUGCUGAUGCUGGUGAUCCAGAGAACCAAAUGUAUUGCAUUGGAUUUGCAUAUCCUGAAAAUUGUGAAAACUAUUAUGGUCCUCAUUCUAUCAAAUGUUUGGAAACAGUGUGGUUGUCUGCCAGAUGUUUGGAUGAAGGAAGCAAAUACCCCGAAAAAAGGGAUAAAAUUGAUUUAGCUCGUUUGGAUACAUUAAAUAUAAGAGAAGUGAUAUUUGAGUUCGACAAAACUUUCAUUGCUGCUGACAAUGGUGAACCAAAUAAUCAAACUUAUUGUUUUGGAAUGAUAUUUCCCAAGAAUUGUACAAACUAUUAUGGACCUCAUUCAAUAGCCUGUUUGGAAACAAUAUGGAUAUCUGCAAAAUGUUUGUCGGAAGGAACUAAAUAUCCAGAGAAAAGAAAUCCUUCAGAUUUAUCGCGAUUGGAUAAUUUGAAUAUAAGAGAGGUCAUUAUAGAAUUCAACUUCACAUUUACUACUGCUGACAAUGGUGAUGUAGAAAAUCAAACGCUUUGUCUAGGCAUUGUUUAUCCUGCUAAUUGUAACAAUUACUAUGGUCCUCACUCUGUUGAAUGUCUUGAAACAAUUUGGUUAUCUGCACAAUGCUUGGAAGAAGGAAAUAAAUUUCCUGUAAAAAGAGAUGAAGUUGAAUUGGGACGAUUGGAUGAAUUAAAUAUAAGACAAGUUAUUGCCGAGUUCAAUCAAACUUUUGUUGCUGCAGACAAUGGAGAUUCAGAGAGUCAGACUUUCUGUCUUGGCAUUGUUUAUCCUGCAAAUUGUACAAAUUACUAUGGUCCACAUUCUAUUGACUGCUUGAAAACAAUAUGGUUGUCUGCUAAAUGCUUGGGAGAUGGAAGCAAAUAUCCAUCAAAGAGAGAAUCUUCAGAUCUUGCGAGAUUGGAUGCUUUGAAUAUAAGGGAAGUAAUCCUCGAGUUCAACAACACAUUUGCAGCUGCUGACAGUGGUGAUGUUGCUAAUCAGACAUUUUGUCUUGGCAUUGUUUAUCCUGCCAAUUGUAAUAAUUAUUAUGGUCCUCAUUCUGUUAAAUGUCUGGAAACAAUUUGGUUGUCUGCUAAAUGUUUGGAAGAAGGAAGCAAAUAUCCUGAAAAAAGAGAUGAAGUUGAAUUACAUCGCUUAGAUGAGUUGGAUAUAAGACAAGUUAUUGCGGAGUUCAAUGAGAUAUUUCUUGCUGCUGACAAUGGAGAUUCAGAGAAUCAGACGUUUUGUCUUGGUAUUGUUUAUCCUGAGAACUGUACCAACUAUUAUGGCUCCCAUUCUGUUGAAUGCCUAAAAACAAUAUGGUUUUCUGUGCAAUGUUUGGUAGAAGGAUCUAAAUAUCCUGAAAAGAGGAAUGAAGAUGAAUUAAAUCGUUUGGACACUUUGACUAUUAGGUAUUAA